AUGCUGUCCGUUUAUUUCAAAAUAUUUCGAGUGGCAUCCGAUCGAGGUGCGCUUAUGCGUCAAUCUCCCGGAACAUGCAGACUAAGUCAUCAUCUCCCUAAAGCAAAGCAAAGCAAUAUUCGUGGUAAUUACAGACCUCAGGAUUCGGUGGUUCAGCAAGAGUCACGCACAACCGAGUGCGAGGAUUCGUCGCUGCACAGCAUUGAGAUUAUUCCGAAGCGGAAAAGCACUGAUGUCAACUCGGAAGUUCCAUCUAUGACACGGCGAGCACAGGCUGCACAUGCCCGACUGCAACCGAACAACUUGCUGGCGAAGGCCUAUGAACACUACCACAUCAAUGGUCCAGGUAAAACAGCUCGUGGAUCGAAAGAGAAGAUAGUCUACAUGAGGGAACGAAAAGCGCUGAAAACUAUUGGUAUUGUUGUUAUGGACUGUACACACCGCCUUCAUUAUAUUCAUAAGCCAAAGGAACCGAAAGUGACGAAAAAUUUAGGCUUCAUUGUUUGUUGGAUGCCAUUUUUCGUCAUCUAUUUGAUCGAAGUGUUUGCCACAACUGUCAAUACAUCUAAUGUCUUCAGAGUGAUCAACGAAUUCUUUCUUUGGCUUGGCUAUUCGAAUUCGGUGCUGAAUCCUAUCAUAUACACGAUGUACAACGGUGAUUUUCGGCGCUGUUUCCGGGACUUGCUCUCACUUGGAUGUGUACAGCAUCAUCGACGAACAAUGAGUGUGAAGAAACUUCAUCAGCAAAGUAAUAUGUUCUGA